AUCAACACAAGCAAGAUGUCAAAGACAACCAAGAAGAAGCACGUUGCCAGGGAAGUCUUAGAGGAUUUUGUUCUACCUGAGGGUGAUCAACAAAUUGUCAGGGUUGUGGCCAGCAGGGGUGGUAAUCUACAUGAAGUAGAAACAGCUGAUGGGGACCACUUCUUGGCAAGCAUGCCCACCAAGUUUAGGAAGAACAUCUGGAUCAAAAGAGGAGACCAUGUCAUAGUUGAGCCCAUUGAAGAAGGUGACAAGGUUCGGGCUGAGAUUCAGUUCGUGCUGUACCGUGACCAGGUCAAGUACAUUAUAGAGGAGGGAGCAUGGCCUGAAGCUUUCGAAGUCUUAGGUCUGACAAACAAGCAGCAGGAUCAAAAUGGUCACCACACUGCAGCCAAAGCGGACCCACUCACCUCAAACAACAACAAAGGUACACCUGCAGAGACAGAUGAGGACUCGGACUCGGACAAUGAUGAUGACCUGUUUGUCAACACCAACCGUCCAGUAGUGGAGAUGUAUACUGAUUCGGAAGACUCCAGUGAAGAGGAAGAUCAGGAUGAGGAGGCGGAAUAUAGACAGGAAGAUGGGGAAGCCAUUGAUGAAUAGACACUGAUGACCCAUUUAGCUUGAUUUCUAUGCAUUGCAAAGUUUUUUGUUUCAGAGACGUGAAAACUUGGCCAUCAUCAUUGGAUCCAAUGCCACGUUGAUCAGUAGAUGACAAGUAUUUGUCAAACCAGUUACUUUGUGAUUAGGCAUGAUGCAGAAUACCAUGUGUUUAUAAAUAAUGUACAAAUGCUUUGCAUAAGAUGUCCAGAAGAUAAGUCAACCCCAAAUCCUGUGAUUUUCUCUAGAAACUCAUUUGAUGCAGUUUAUCUGUAAUGUAUCUGUUUCCUCAUUGAUAGUGAUAUUAAUGUAAAAUGAUACAAAUAAGACAAGGUUAUGAGAAUUGAUUUAUAUUCCAGGUGUGUCAUGAAAGGAAGAAAUGUGUUGUUCUUAAACUUAACUGAUGCAAAGUCUGCUUAGCUGUGUUAAGCUAAUGCACCAACCAAACAGUCAUUAAAAUGAUGCCUGUAUACAAAUGGAAACAGCCAGUUGAAGUAAUGAUAUCUUAAUAAAUAGAUUUUUUU